UAUGUCUUACGACACUGCACUCACAGUUUUUUCUCCUGAUGGACAACUAUUUCAAGUAGAAUAUGCUAUGGAAGCAGUAAAAAGAGGAUUGUGUUGUGUUGGAGUAAGAGGAAAAGAUAUCAUAGUUCUAGGUGUAGAAAAAAAGGCAACAUCAAAACUCCAAAAUGUUAAAACAAUAAAGAAAGUAUAUUAAUUAGGUAACAAUUAAUUUAAUGUUAGAUAAUAACCUAUGUAUGACAUUUUCUGGAUUAAAUGCUGAUGCAAGAAUAUUGGCUAAUCAAACAAGAUUAUAAUGCUAAUAGUAUAAAAUUUAUUAUGAGGAUGAUCCUUCAGUUGAUUAUAUUGCUAAAUUUACUAGCUAAUAAUAAUAAAAAUUCACAUAAAGAGGUGGAGCAAGACCUUAUGGUAUUUCAACUUUAAUUGCUGGAUUUGAUAAUUAAAAUAAACCAAAGUUAUUUUAAACAGAUCCAUCUGGAGCUUGUUCUGAAUGGAAAGCUACUUCUCUUGGAAAGAGUGCAAAAUAAGUGAAAGAUUUCUUAGAAAAACAUUGGAGAGAAGGAUUACAUGAGAAGGAUGCUCUUUUAUUAACAACAAAAGUAUUAAAUUUUUUGGUAUAUAUUAAGGCUUUGAUGGAUGUAGUUGAGAGUGGAAAUAAAAACAUAGAAUUAUGUGUUAUUAAGAGAAAUAGUUGUUGGUUUUUGAGUGAAGCUGAAAUUGAAGAGUUAACAAAAAUAACUGCAUAGAUCUAAUGA